CCAUGGCUUGGGAGCCCAUUCUGAUGGACACACUAGAGGAUAACAUCCCUCGGGCACGAGCUGGCCACUGUGCCGUGGCUAUCAACACACGCUUGUAUAUCUGGAGUGGUCGGGACGGCUACCGCAAGGCAUGGAACAACCAGGUCUGCUGCAAGGAUCUCUGGUACCUGGAGACAGAGAAACCUCCUCCGCCUUCUCGAGUUCAGCUGGUCCGAGCCAACACCAACUCCUUGGAAGUGAGCUGGGGCUCCGUCCCGACGGCCGACACUUACUUGCUCCAGCUGCAGAAGUACGACAUCCCAGCCGCCACCUCGCCAGCUGCCAACCCUGUACCCUCGGUGCCUGUCAACCCCCCCAAAAGCCCUGCUCCAGCUGCAGCCGCCCCGGUCAGUGCCAUGCAGCCACUGGCACAGAUGGGCAUCACGUUGCUACCCCAGGCCACGGCCGUUGCCGCUGCGACUGCCGCUGCGACCGCUGCUGCUGCCGCCACUCCUGCUCCACCGACCACAACUACCAUCCAGGUGUUGCCUGCCGUGUCCAGCAGCCCAAUGCCCAUGCCCGCGCCUGUGGCUGCCGCCGCUGUUGCCACCCCCCGCCCACAAGCGGUCCCGGCCGUGCUGAAAGUCACGGGCCCACAGGCAACAGCAGGGCCUCCGCUGGUCACAGUGCGUUCAGCAGGGCAGGUGGGGAAGGGCCCACUCACAGUGACGUCUUUGCCAGCGGGUGUGCGCAUGGUGGUGCCCACGCAGACCACUCAAGGGACGGUGAUUGGCAGCAGUCCUCAGAUGAGUGGCAUGGCUGCUCUGGCAGCAGCGGCUGCCGCCACUCAAAAAAUCCCACCCUCCUCCACUCCAACGAUGCUCAGCGUCCCUGCUGGCGCCACCAUAGUGAAGACAGUGGCUGUUUCUCCUGGUACCACCACACUACCUGCCACCGUCAAAGUUGCCUCUUCUCCUGUCAUGGUGAGCAACCCUGCGACCCGCAUGCUGAAGACGGCGGCUGCCCAAGUUGGCACCUCGGUCUCGUCCACCACCAACACGCCUACCCGGCCCAUCAUCACCGUGCACAAGUCGGGCACAGUCACUGUGGCCCAGCAGGCGCAGGUGAUGACCACGGUGGUCGGCGGGGUGACCAAGACGAUCACGCUGGUGAAAAGCCCCAUCUCAGUACCUGGAGGCAGCGCACUGAUUUCCAAUUUGGGUAAGGUGAUGUCAGUCGUUCAAACCAAACCAGUCCAGACGUCGGCUGUGACCGGACAGGCGUCCAGUGGCCCCGUGACACAGAUAAUCCAAACGAAAGGGCCCCUGCCCGCGGGCACUAUUUUGAAGCUGGUAACCUCGGCGGACGGCAAGCCUACCACGAUCAUCACCAGCUCUCAGGCGGGCGGUACGGGCACUAAACCCACCAUCCUGGGCAUCAGCAGUGUGUCUCC